UACAUACCUCCGAGCCACAGAGAGAAUGCGCCAAAUAAGAAAAUCCAUAUUCCCCCCAACUCCAAGGAAUCUUUUACACCUCCAUCAACUUUUAGAAAUGAAUGAAAACCGACACUUUGCCCUCACAUUCCAGGCACAACCAAAUCUAUUCUAUCAGGGGCCAUUGAUGGUAAAUGGAAUGUUAGUUGGAUUGGUUUUUUGUAACACAAGUUUUAUUCAGGACAUAGCUGUUGAGUUACAAAACAUCACAGUAGCCGGAUGUGAUGGUACAUUCAAGACUGUCCCAAAGACAAUAGAUAAUGAUUGCUACCAACUAUUUACGUUUCAAAUAGUGUACAAAAAUGUUAGCUAUCCUCUGGUAUAUGCACUUUUAAAUGGAAAGAAUGAAGGAAUAUAUACUGCAUUAUUUGAACGUAUCAAAGAUAUGAUACCCCUGCAAUACCAAAAUCUUAUGAUUAUUACAGACUAUGAAAUUGGGCAAAUCAAUGCAAUACAUACUGUAUUUAGAGAAAUAACUCACCAGGGCUGCUAUUUCCAUUAUUGUCAGGCGAUUCUGCGGUAUGCCAGAAACAAAUCAAUCGGUGUUUACAAUUUAGUAAAAAUAAACCCUGUUGCUGCUAACCAGUUGAGGUAUUUAGAAAAUACUUGCGAAGUGGAAUUUAAACAAGCCUCAAAUAAUUUGAAGAUUCGGUUGGAACGAUCUAUGCAUACGAGAGACCGAAAUACCAGGACAAUUAGAGAUUUCAUUGAUGAUUUGAUUGAAGACCAUUCGGAAGACCGUAUAAUAACGUUUCUACGUAGAGCAGGCCAUAGGAUAGAUGGAUAUAUAACCCAGCAAAUUGGUCCUUAUCCAGGAGAGCCAGACCUUCUUCUGCAAAAUAUAUAAUAAUUUAAUUGUUUUUUCAUAUUUGUAUAUAUAAUUGUGUUUAUUUAUAAUUUUUAAUACUAUUUAAGAUUUAACUACCUCAUUAUUUGACACAAAACUGACACAAGGUAAUAAUGAAUUAAUAUUUUUUUUUACUUAUUUGUGAUAUAAUUAUAGAUGACUCUUUUAACUUGAUAAGUUAAAAGUUAAAAAAAAAAUUAAACACACAUCAUUGUAAAACCAAUGCAUUCAUUGGUCUGCUCAGAAUCUAUAAGUACAAACAAUAUGAACUUAACUCA